UGUUAAUGAGCCAAUGAUGUGAGAGAAAUGCGCAUAUAUUUGCACGUUGUCCAAUAGCUGGUUUGGUGGGCGUGUACAGGAUUGUUCUUCACUAAAAGCUCUUAUCAUUAGGUCCGCAAAGUGUGGCAAUUGACAGGGCUGUAGCAUCCAGAACUAAAAGUUGUCUUUUAGUAUUAUUACAAAUAAAGACAUUAAACUGAAUUAGCUCGACAGGAUUGAGAUGUUACAGUUUAGGGCUUCACUUGUGCUGAAGGAGUUGAUACAAGCCAGCCCAAAGCGUUCGUUUUCUGACAUUAUAAGGCAUAAGAAGACUUUACCAAAUGCGUACUUCGACAGCGCUGCUUACCCGGAUGGUAGAAUAUCUCAAUUAAAGACUGUCUGUAAUGGAAAGCCUUUCAUUCAGCUUUUAGCUGGGAGAAGAUUUCUGUGUACAAAGACCGAAGGAGCAAUUGACCCUGCAGAACCAGUGAAGAAAGAUGAGUCCGUUCAGGAAGCGACGGCAGAUAAGAGAAGGAAGGCUGGCAUCCUGCCCAGCUUGGAAGACCUGCUGUUUUACAGUAUUGCUGACGGCCAGGAGAGGAUCCCAGCUCACAAAUUCAUUACCGCACUGAAGGCCACUGGACUUCGAACAGGAGAUCCACGGCUGAAAGAAUGUAUGGACAUGUUGAAAGUCACCCUCAAAUCCACGUCAGAUGGCGUAAUGCUGGACCGGCACCUGUUCAAAAAGUGUGUCCAGAGCAAUAUUGUUCUCCUAACACAGGCCUUCCGGAAGAAAUUUGUCAUCCCUGAUUUCCAGCCUUUUGCUUCCCACAUCGAUACACUUUAUGAAAAGGCCAGAAAGCUCUCCGGGGGGCUGGUUGCUGACUACAUUCCCCAAAUUGCCAAAUUCAGCCCAGAUCUGUGGGCCGUUUCCCUUUGCACAGUAGAUGGACAAAGACACACAGUGGGAGACACUAAAGUGCCAUUUUGCCUGCAGUCGUGCGUGAAGCCACUCAAGUACGCUAUUGCGGUCCAUGACCAUGGCACUGAAUAUGUGCACCAAUUCAUUGGGAAAGAACCCAGUGGCUUACGCUUCAACAAGCUCUUCCUGAACGAGGACGAUAAACCCCAUAAUCCAAUGGUGAAUGCUGGUGCAAUCGUGUGUACCUCUCUCAUCAAGCAAGGUGCAGGCAAUGCUGAGAAGUUUGAUUAUUUGAUGAACUACUUGAAGAAGAUGGCUGGAAAUGAAUAUGUCGGUUUCAGCAAUGCCACAUUUCAGUCGGAGCGUGAGUCGGGAGACAGGAAUUUCGCUAUUGGAUAUUACCUGAAAGAAAAGAAGUGCUUUCCAGAUGGUACAGACAUGACUGCUGUUCUGGACUUGUACUUUCAGUUGUGCUCCAUCGAGGUAACCUGUGAGAGCGCUAGCGUCAUGGCUGCCACACUGGCCAACGGUGGCUUCUGUCCAAUCACAGGCGAGCGUGUGCUGAGCCCCGAAGCCGUGCGAGACACCCUCAGCCUCAUGCACUCCUGCGGCAUGUAUGACUUCUCUGGACAGUUCGCCUUCCAUGUGGGUCUUCCGGCCAAGUCAGGUGUGUCUGGUGGUAUUCUGCUGGUUGUGCCCAAUGUGAUGGGCAUCAUGUGCUGGUCCCCUCCAUUGGACAGACUCGGCAACAGUGUCCGGGGCAUCCAGUUCUGCACAGAUCUGGUGUCCUUGUUCAACUUCCACAACUAUGACAACCUGAGGCACUUCACCAAGAAGCUCGAUCCCCGCCGAGAGGGAGGGGACCAGCGGUACACCUUCGGACCCCUGGAUUACGAGAGCCUUCAGAAAGAGCUGGUUCUCAAAGACACUAUGUGGACAAAGGUCUCGCCCACUGAGUGCAAUGAGGACAGCUCCACUACUGUAGUCUAUAGGAUGGAGAAUGUCAGAGAUGGCAACUAAAAGAGAUCUGACUGACCUCGGCGAGCUCUUUGACAGUAUAUAUUUAUGUACUUUAACUGUUAUUUAUUUUCAAUGAAUCUCAUUCUCAGCACAUGUUGGUUCUGCACCAGUCUUGGUGAACUUGAAUGACUAUGGUAGAGGAUAUGGUCCUUGCUCCUUGGCUUCUAUGUAUCUAUCUGUGCUAACACUGAAAAGCAUAGCAGAGGGCUUUAUUCUUCACUUACAUGGAUUUUAGGUGCAGCGUGAUUUAUAGGCUCUUGUCUCUCAUAGACCAGAAAGUGUUGUUUUUUUGUUUCUGAUUUUUUUUUCUCGUUUUAAGUUGAGCAUUGGCUGCUGAACAGAGACCGCAGGUGGUUCUGUUUUGCACUACGACUAAAUGUGGUGGUCAUGUAUAAUUAACUGCAUCGUACCAGAUGUAGAGUCGUCUGUGAGGUCUUUAACUUGGUGUCACAAGUACAUGGACAUCUUCUGUAACGUUAUUAUUUUUUUCACUGUCAUGUUUUAACCGUGUAUGCUGCUGUUGUUUCUUUGGAACACAAAUAUUGUUUUACGAAUUUUCAUGCAACUUAUUUUCCAUAUUCCAAUCUAAAUCUUAUUAAAAUAACCAUAAAAGUUGUCCAUCUAAUUGAAGUGUUCUGAAGCCAUAUACUAGCUUUCAUAAGGUAAAAGAUGAACAUUUCAGUUAUUGAAAAUGGCAUUUGGUGCGAAUUUGGUAUCUGUAGUAUCAUUGGAUAACGUGUCAGAUUUAGUCAACACACACGCCUUGAAAAAAAAUUGAA